UGACGCGCCGGGUGGCGCGUGGGAGAGCCGGGAGUGGGCGGGGCACUGGGUUUAGUAGGAGAUCUGGAGUCUGGGGUCGCCUCUGGGCGCCGGUCUUCCGCUUCUCUCGGUCGGUCGAUUAAGGAGGAGCAGUAGGGACCUCGGCCUGGGCCUGUAGUGUCUCCGGCGGAGUGAAGCGGCAGCAGCGGCCGGGAUGGUGUUGCUGGGCUUACUGCAGGCGGGCGGGUCGGUGCUGGGACAAGCGAUGGAGAAGGUGACGGGCGGCAACCUUCUGUCCAUGCUGCUGGUUGCCUGCGCCUUCACCCUCAGCCUGGUCUACCUGCUCCGCCUCGCUGUCGGCCACCUAGUCCAGCUGCCGGCUGGAGCGAAAAGUCCACCAUACAUUUUCUCUCCAAUUCCGUUCCUUGGGCAUGCCAUAGCAUUUGGGAAAAGUCCAAUUGAAUUUCUAGAAAAUGCAUAUGAGAAGUAUGGACCCGUGUUUAGUUUUACCAUGGUAGGCAAGACGUUUACUUACCUUCUGGGGAGUGAUGCUGCUGCACUGCUUUUUAAUAGUAAAAAUGAAGACCUGAAUGCAGAAGACGUCUACAGUCGUCUGACAACACCUGUGUUUGGGAAGGGAGUUGCAUAUGACGUGCCUAAUCCGGUUUUCUUGGAACAGAAGAAAAUGUUAAAAAGUGGCCUUAACAUAGCCCACUUUAGACAGCAUGUUUCUAUAAUUGAAAAGGAAACAAAAGAAUACUUUCAAAGUUGGGGAGAAAGUGGGGAAAAAAAUUUGUUUGAAGCUCUUUCUGAGCUCAUAAUUUUAACAGCUAGCCAUUGUUUACAUGGAAAGGAAAUCAGAAGUCAACUCAAUGAGAAGGUGGCACAGCUGUAUGCAGAUUUGGAUGGCGGUUUUAGCCAUGCAGCUUGGCUGUUACCAGGUUGGCUGCCUUUGCCUAGUUUCAGACGCAGGGACAGAGCUCAUCGAGAAAUCAAAAAUAUUUUCUAUAAGGCAAUCCAGAAACGCAGACAGUCAGAAGAAAAAGUUGAUGACAUUCUCCAAACUUUACUAGAGUCUACAUACAAGGAUGGGCGUCCUUUGUCAGAUGAUGAAGUAGCAGGGAUGCUUAUUGGACUGCUCUUGGCGGGGCAGCAUACAUCCUCAACUACUAGUGCCUGGAUGGGCUUCUUUUUGGCCAGAAACAAAACACUUCAAGAAAAAUGUUAUUUAGAACAGAAAACAGUGUGUGGAGAGGAUCUGCCUCCUUUAACUUUCGACCAGCUGAAGGAUCUAAAUUUACUUGAUCGCUGUAUAAAGGAAACAUUAAGACUUAGACCUCCUAUAAUGACCAUGAUGAGAAUGGCCAAAACUCCUCAGACUGUGGCAGGAUAUACCAUUCCUCCGGGACAUCAGGUGUGUGUUUCUCCUACUGUCAAUCAUAGACUUAAAGACUCAUGGAUAGAACGUCUGGACUUUAAUCCCGAUCGUUACUUACAGGAUAACCCAGCAUCAGGAGAGAAGUUUGCCUAUGUGCCAUUUGGAGCUGGGCGUCAUCGUUGUAUUGGGGAAAAUUUUGCGUAUGUUCAAAUUAAGACAAUUUGGUCCACUAUGAUUCGUUUGUAUGAAUUUGAUCUCAUUGAUGGAUAUUUUCCUGCUGUGAAUUAUACAACUAUGAUUCACACCCCUGAAAAUCCAGUUAUCCGUUACAAACGAAGAUUACAAUGAAAAAGGCUGCAAGGAACAAUGAUACAUCACUGUAAGCUGCAAAGGCACUGAAAGAGAAUGGAGUUUAUGAAA